AUGUCUCAGGCGCGAAGGAAGAGACCGUCGUGUUCUCACGACAACUGUGGAUCGAGACGGUUUCAUGUUGGCGAUGAUGGCUUCACGUAUUGCGACCAAGGUCACCAGCAAUCCGAAGCUGGCCUCCUCGUCUCUGCAGACACUGGAGAACUAGUGCUCACCGGACGAACGGCGAGAAGGAAAUUGGACUCCGAUGCAGAAUCAACGACGACGAAAGUUACUGGAUUUUCUGGGCCUAAAGCGUUCGAACACUACCUACUUUGCGUGCAGCUGGUGCUGAGGAAGCAGCUUCGGUGGCUAAUUGACGUACAAAAGCUACCCGAGGAGCUCGAGGGCCUGGUAAAAGACUUAUGGGCACUGCGGCUGCAGAAGUUGCAGAACAAGGUCUCCUAUGAUAGUGAUGCAGAGACCGAUGCGCAAUCAUCUCGGAUCUUCAGCUCGCAGUCUGAAGGCGAUUCUGGCACGGACACCGAGAACACCAUCACGCGUCGCGACCGGACACGCCAGAAGGGACCAGGCCCAAAUAUGCUGGAGCUUCUGGGUCUCCUUCAUAUUGGUAUCAUGCUGCUCAAGAUACCAAUCACGGCGGCUGACAUGCUCACAUGGUGUAACGAAGGGGCUCUGCUUUUCUAUCGGGCAGUGAAGGAGGUGCCGAUGUCCAUGCGUGAUCGUUUACCUGGUCAUUACCAAGACUUGCUCGAGCAGCAGAGCCUCAUUGAGCCAGAGAAGCUUCAUCGCAAAGUACUUGAACUGUUGACAAAUUUGAACUCGGACUUUGGUAUGGAGGCGCCGACUCUGAAUGAGCCACUCGUACUUUAUCGCUGGGUAAAGCAGUUGGCCCUGCCUCUUGAGAUAUAUGUUACCACACAGCGCCUGGCUCGCUUACUCGAAGUCGACUUCGCUUACAAUGUCGUUGCCAAGGCACGGGCGAACAUGAGUAUGCGGUUCCCCGAGAUUCGAUUGAUGUCGUUGAUCGUCAUAGCGACAAAGCUGCUAUUUCCCUUCGACGAUAAGAAACGAUAUCCGAAAAACACAGAAGACCUUGCGGCGAUGAGGCUGGACUGGGGUGUUUGGUGCAAAACCGAGAUUAGCAAAGCUGGAAAGACUUCGGCGGAAAAGAUUGUCCAGGUUCAAGCAGCUCUUCGAGCCAGGCGUAUUGUACCAGAAACCGAGCCCGACGAUAUCCCACGUGUUGGGACCUUGUAUACCCAGUACACAACAGUGGAGGACCUCGGUGGUGCCACGAGAGAGUUUUACGAAGGAGCGGCGCAAUUGGCGGGAUUCUCACUGCGCGGAAUUGUGAGAGCGGUCUGUAUGAUGGAGCACAAGUUAUUCAAGCUCGAGCGGGCUUGGACGAAGAACGAUCGUAAAGACUAG